UUGAAUCAAGAAAUGAAAGAUGAUACGUUCAAUAUUCCAAUCAUAUAUCACAAAACAAUCCACAUCUGCAAAAGAAACAUUUCACGCUCCCGGGGGUCUGACUGAACUGAGUUAUAUCUUUGCUUAUAUCAUACAUUGGCACAGAGCAAGUAUAUAAACAAUGGGAAAAUCGAAGAAGAAAGACAAUGCUUCUAUCCCGACAAGAUUGAAAAUCGCCAUCUGUAUUCUGGUGUUAAUUAUUGUAGGUCUUAUUGUUGCUCUUAUUGCAGUUUCUGUUAAUCAAUCUGACGAUCAAGACGACACGAAGACUUGCUCACAAAGAUCAACUAUGACACCGAAGUUCACAAAAUCUCAGGAUCUGUUUCGAGAUUUAACUGAAGAUGAGCUUCUUGAAGUGCGCGACUACAUCGUGAACAAUGCCUCACUGAAUGUCACCCCUUUUGAGAAAGCUGCGGUUGACUCGAACUACAUUUUCUUGAUUGAACUACAGAAUCCUAUCAAAGACGAAGCUGUUGCAUAUCUUGACCGCAACGGACGAAAACCAAACAGAGCGGCAAAUGUUAUAAUAUUCAAAGGAGCGGCGUCUCCACCAGUUGUGGAGGAAAUACUGGUUUAUUUGGAUGAACCGAUGAGACAUGAACCCAACACUCUUCUUACUAAACGCACAAUCCCAUUUCACACACGUCCUGCAAAUAAACAAUGGUCAGCUAUCAUACACGAGAUCGUGAUAAACUUUGGUACAAAAGCACAUCAUAUUCUGAAGGAAUCCUUCGGAGAUUACUCGAUCGUCAACUGUACAGAUCAAUGUUUAACACAUUUCGACACUGGAUUUGAUGCAUUGCCAGAUUCAGACGAGACGAUAGCUUGGAUUUGGUUUACGAGAAACGUGCCUGGAACAAUACUGCAACCAGUUGAUUUACAACUGCUUUUGAUACAAAAUUCUCAAGGAGUUAAUGCCACCAAAUUAAAGAUUAGGGUCUACUACAAUAAACGAAUCUUUGAUUCAGUUGAUGAAUUCGUCAAGUUAUAUAAACUUGGAAACGUCACAAAAGUUAAACUUCCUGCUCCUAAAGGAAAAGAUCUUACAUUUUCCACUCUAAACAGGCGAGGAACAAAUCUUCAACCUUCUCUACCAUUACGUGAACCUGAACAAUUUGAACCGGAUGGUAAACGUUACACAGCAGAAAACAAUCAUAUCGAAUACAUGGGAUGGAGUUUUGAUUUUCGUGUUCGUACAACAUCAGGUCUACAAUUGUUUGAUAUCAGAUUUAAUGGAGAAAGAAUCGUGUACGAACUAAGCUUACAAGAGCCUGCAUCAUUUUACAGCGCCUAUUCUCCUGUAAGAGCUAAUGGCAACUAUCUUGACAGUGCCUGGGCACUUGGCGCUAAUUUUGAGCUUGUGAAAGGUGUUGACUGUCCCAAAUCUGCUAGAUACUUCGAUGUUGUAUAUUUUGUCGACUCGUCAAAACCAGGAAAACGUCGCAAUGCUGUUUGCGUCUUUGAACACAAUCUAGGAAUUCCGCUUCGCCGCCAUUUUGAGAACGACUUUGAAGGUGGUUAUACUUUCUAUGGAGGAAUGCAAGGUACAGGACUUGUUUUAAGAACAAUAUCCACACCAUAUAACUACGACUAUAUAUAUGAUUUCAUAUUUUACCCCAACGGAGUCAUUGAAUCGAAAGUUUCCACAACGGGCUACUUGUUGACUACUUUUUGGACCCCUGAAGAAGACGAAUAUGGUAAUCAAGUGUAUAAAAAUGUCGCUGGCUCACUGCAUGAUCAUAUGAUCCAUUACAAAGUUGAUCUAGAUAUUGCAGGAAGAAAUAACAGAUAUGAAACAAUAACAACAAAAAUCGAGAAUAUUUCUUCAUCGUGGUUUCCAAACAAACGUCAUGUCCAGAAAAGAUUAAUACGUGAUCUAAAGAAAACUGAAGUCGACGCUGCUUAUAAAUUUGAUUUUCAACAUCCAUCUUAUCUGAAUUUCUAUAACUCAGCAAAGAAGAACGCUUAUGGUGUUCGACGAGGAUAUCGGGUUCAACUCAAUGGAAUACUUCAUCAAUUGUAUCCAGAAAACUGGCAAUUUACAAAUGGUUUCAGUUGGUCACAUUAUCAACUUGCAGUAACAAAAUACAAGAAAAAUGAAGAGAGAAGUUCAUCUAUUUAUAACCAAAGGGACAUGUACAAUCCAGUUGUAGACUUUAAAAAGUUUAUUUUGGAUAACGAGAGCAUUGUGGAUGAAGAUUUAGUCUCGUGGAUAACUGUAGCUGUCAUGCAUAUCCCACAUUCUGAAGAUAUUCCUAACACAGCAACACCUGGCAACCAUGCUGGAUUUUUUCUUCGACCUUUUAAUUACUUCGAUGAAGAUCCCUCAAUAUCGUCAAGAGAUAGUGUUUUGAUCACACCAACUGAUGACGGUUCAAAGGUUGAUAGAUUUGGUAGACCUCACGGUUCUCAAUGCGUUCCCCCGGAUGUACCCAUUGAUUACAACGGACGAGAAUUAUAAACUAAUAUUUCAAAGGUAGUUAUAUAAUCACAGAUGGUAAGCACGAUACAUAUAUUUUAUGAUUUUGGUGAAUGCAAGAAUAGACGAGACAAGGUUAAUAAUACUUUGUACAACAAUAAACGUUAAUUAGACUUUUAGGCUUGCAGGUGGUAGUACAUGGAAUAUAGACAUGGUAGAAUAGGUAGGAGAGUACACAACAGAAUAAGCAGAUUUUGAAAGAUUGAAAUGAUAAGCUGUUGAUUUCUAAGUAUAGACGUGAUCUAAAAACACAAUUAUUUGCAAAUAAAUUUCAUUCAUCCAUCUAUCCAAAACCUUAUAGACGAGUAUAGGACUUAUCUUUGGCGAUUCUCUCUUCUAAUUACUAAAGAAAUUCUCCGAUUACGGUCAUUUUAUAGCCUAUAGAGUAACGCUAAUACUCGGUAUCUAAAUAAAUCGAGAGCGCGGUUGCAUGCAAAAGCAAAAAUGCUAUCUAUAAAAAGGAAAACCAAUCAAAAUUUACACAUGCUAAAAUUCGAUUUCAAAAACCACUUCGAGCGCAAUUGGUCGCCUCGCAACAAAAACGAGGCAGAUCGCAUGUCGCACAUUUUGUGACAGGACGCUAUAAAUAAAGCUUUGUUUAUAGAGAUAAUGUCAGUUGGGACGUCUUAACAUGUAAAAUAUUUCACCGCAGAUACAGGUACUAUUUAAUGCAUGUAAAGACAGGACAUAUAUCGCAUUAAAAUUUCGUUUGUUAGAAAGCUGGAAAAAUUUUCCAUGCAGAGUCAUUAUUGGAAUUAAGAACAAGUUCUCAUUUCAGCAGGUUUUACCUCUGUGUACGUUUAUUUCGUAUACGCGGUAUUCAUGUGAUUCAUAUUGAUGCGAUAGACAAUUUGUUUACGUUAAGAACCUUGUUUAUACAUCGAGGUCAGGGUCACUACACCUCUGCGUUUUCCGAAAUGGCAAAUAUUCUUUUUGGCAAAGUAGUAGCUAUGUUGGUGUAAUAUAUGGAAUAAUGUCAGUUUUCUCCGUGAUGCUUCUAUAUGGUAUAGCCAGAUAUGA